UGUGUCUCCUUAAGAGAAUUCUAGUGUUUUCCUUCUGUUCACACAUUCAACAUGCUGGUGCAAAAGCUAAGCUGGAUCACUGUGUUGCUGUUUCUGUAUCAACAUGGUGCAGAAGCAAAAAGAACACUGACCUGUGAAGGAGGAUCUGCAUACCUCAGAUGUGAUUUGGGAUUCAUAAAGGUCCUUAAAGCCAAUUAUGGGAGAACUGAUCGCACAACAUGCGCUAGUGGAAGACCAGCUAAUCAGAUCUCAAAUACACACUGCUUCCAAGGAACAUCCCUCCAUACAAUGUCCACCCUGUGUGAUGGAAGUAAGUUCUGUCCUGCAGUGAAUUCCGUUUUCUCUGAUCCUUGUCAUGGGACUCAUAAAUACCUGGAUGUGUCUUAUCUCUGUACCCAUGCAAAAAGAAGUGUAACCUGUGAAAAUACCCAAAGUACCAUUUUCUGUGAAACUGGUGUUAUUUCUGUUCAUCAUGCCAAUUAUGGACGGCGGGAUCUUGUAACCUGCCCCCAUAAAUUAGCAACCACACCACACUGUUACUCUCCUCAGACUGGCAGCCUGCGUUCCAGGUGCAAUGGGAGGACGUCUUGUCAACUAAAUGCUUCGAAUUCUGUCUACUCUGAUCCAUGUCGGGGUGUCUAUAAGUAUUUGGAAGUGACGUACAGCUGUAUAUAAUACUGUGAUUAUCCUGCCACAUGAAUGUAUUUUAUAUGUUUUGAGUGUGUUUUUAAUGAAUAUGGUCUCUAUUAUAGAUGUUAGAUGCCGCUAAUAUUGUUUUUGGUUUAUUCAUUCAUUCCUCAGUGAGACAAAACAAAACAAUAAAUUGAAAUAUGGGGUUCAUCUUAAAAUUAAAAAAUGAUAAUGAACAUUUAAUUUCAUAACUUACAAAUUCAUUUGGAAAGCUUUAUUGAUCAGGUGUCAACAAAUGAGAAUAAUGGGAGGUAAAUGUUUCAAAAAGUAGAAAAUCUGUCCCCUCCCCCUUUUGUAUAUGUAUAGUAUCAUUUCUUUAAUUUUUCUUUUGAUUUUGAGGUGACUUUUAUGGGAUUCUCUCAUAAAUCUGUUAGAUCCUUUUCUCUACAUAAAUUUGUUAACUAUAAUGUUGUCGAAGUGAAAAAACAUUAGAGAAAGAAAUGAAAAUGCACCAUAUAUUCUGACUGCAGAACCACAAUAAUGGAGAACAAUCAAGAUUGUGAAGAAAAAUUAUCUGCUGAGAAGCAACUCAAAUUCUUGUAGAAGAAUCUAAAGCAAGUUGUCUAUGUUUGUAUGUUAUGUAAACUUUCACUCUAAAUGAUAGACUUUCUAAUCAUGUAAUAUGCAUACAUUCAUGUUUCCUGUCUUGUGUUGGAUUUUAUGUUGUAGUUUUUGCCUCUUGAGAAUCUGUGCCAGUUUGUAGUCCUUUUGUAGUUUCUUUUCUGAUUGGUUCCUCUUGAUUGUCUCCCCAGGUGCAUGUGCCCUGUUAACUGUCUGCACUCAAAAAAAAAAAAAAAAAAAGAUUUUUGAUGCUGUUCACUUUAUUUAAACCAUUUAUUUUGAUUCAACACCAUUGUAUCAGGUUCCUGGUUUAAAUGUGAUUGAUUCAUGUUAAAUUGACUUGAAACAAUUACUCUUUGACUUAACUUGAUGUUUUCAUAUUGGAAUAUGUUUCAAUCAAGUAACCCAACCAGCCAACCAGGAGUUAAUCAAACAGGACUUUUACUUCCCAUCAUGCUUUGCAAAGGGGCUGAACUGAGAGAGUGUUGAAAUAAAGUGUUAUUUUAAGCAAUUUUUUUGCAAGAUGAGAAAAUGGAGUGUCUUUUUUUUAAAGUUUCUGUUAUAUUAAUGGUUUUGCGGGUUACCAUUAUG